AUGGAGAAGUCAAGUAGUGAGGAGUCUGCCAUUCACCGUAGCCCUUCCGUGGACAGUCGCGACUCAGACUUUGCCCGCGCGUCCACCUCUGGCCGCCCUUUCGGCGGACGCGGUUUCACCGCCGGUGCUUUCUACGGCUCCACGGGCCCUCGCGCGCAGGCUCAGAGCGGGGGAGCCGGGGAAGGCGCUUCCGGGGACAAGAGCAGCAACAAGUACAGUGCUCCCAAAGGCAGCAAAUACGUGGUCUUUUACCUGGAUCUAUCCUUUGUGUUCCUUCUAGAGUUCAAGAAGUGCAACAUGGCUCGGGGCUGCCUGUGCUGUCUGAAAUACAUGAUGUUCCUUUUUAACCUCAUCUUCUGGUUGUGUGGCUGUGGACUGCUGGGUGUAGGGAUCUGGCUGUCUGUAUCCCAAGGUAGUUUUGCCACUUUCUCACCUUCUUUCCCAUCACUCUCUGCUGCCAACCUGGUCAUCGCCAUAGGCGCCAUCGUCAUGGUUACAGGCUUCCUCGGUUGCCUGGGCGCCAUCAAGGAAAACAAGUGCCUGCUCCUGAGUUUCUUCAUCGUUUUGCUGAUUAUCCUGCUGACGGAGCUCAUACUCCUCAUCCUGUUUUUCGUGUACUCCGAUAAGGUCAGUGAGAAUGCCAAGCAGGAUCUGAAGGAUGGCCUGGCCCUCUACAACACAGACAACAACAUUGGCUUGAGGAACGCUUGGAACAUCAUCCAGGCUGAGUGGAAAUGCUGUGGUGUGACAGGGUACACUGACUGGCAUGAGGCUCUUAAAGAGAAAAUGGUGCCUGACCGCUGUUGCCAGGAACACUAUCAGGACUGCGGACGCAACUCCACUAAUAUGUUCUGGACUCGGGGAUGUUACGAAAAAGUGGAAGAAUGGCUGGAGGACAAUAAACACAUGCUAGGGACUAUUGGCAUGUGCAUCUUGGUAGUGCAGCUUCUCGGCAUGGCGUUCUCCAUGACGCUGUUCCAUCAGAUCCACAGAACAGGGAAGAAGUACGACGCCUAGCCCGGCCACGACGGAGAGGGUGACGCCCUGCUACGUUUUGGAACAGACU